CCUCACUCCCUGUAGGCUGACGGUUUUGACACACUGGCGCGUUGUGAGAUGUGAACUCUCUGGCUCGCCGUCCGGCCGCCGCCACUCAACAUGGCGGACCUGUUGGGGAAGGGAGCCGGCCGUGGCUUCUACUUCAACACGGUGCUCAGCUUGGCCCGCUCCCUGGCCGCCCAGAAACCCGCUUCCAUCGACAAAGUAGAAAAGUUACUUUGUAUGUCUCCUGUGGAUUUCCAUGGCAUUUUUCAGUUGGAUGAACGCCGCAGAGAUGCAGUUAUUGCUCUCGGAGUUUUUCUGACAGAGUCAAAACUUCAGCACAAAGAAACUGUGGUUCCCUAUCUGCUGCGGCUGCUUAAGGGAUUACCCAAAGUCCAAUGGAUUGAAGACAGCUCAGGGAAAAAGAAUCGAGGAAAGCUUCCUGUUGCUGAAAAUUUCAGCUUCUGUUUGGUGACACUACUUUUUGAUGUUGCUCAAAAGGACCCUACGUUAAGGGUACAGGUUCUGGAGGCUAUACUAGAUGUCAUGGAAGUUCUGUUGGGGAUGUGUCUGGCGCCUCAGACUCAGGAUAAAGAAAACCUGUGCAGAUAUGCAGUGCCUUGCUUGAUUGGAAUUGGUCGAGCUUUUGGACGUUACAGUAACACAGAUGAAUCUCUCCUUUCAAAACUAUUUCCCAAAAUUACACCACAAUCACUGAAAGUUCCUCAUGAGAUGGAUGGACUGAGACGGCGCUCCUUCAAUGAUUUUCGAUCAAUCCUGCCCAGUUCCCUCCUGACUGCCUGCCAAUCGUGUGAUAGCUUGCGGCACAACGCCUGUAGUGGGACCAGCGUUUCUCAGGCAAGCCCUGAACGCACAACUGCAGCUCCUUGUUCACCAGGAGGGACCAACUUGCACUAUUUCGAAGGUUCAUAUCUCCCUGAUGGCAGUACUGUGGAUCCUCAAUAUUACUUUUCUACUAUUAGCUCAAGUUUUUCUGUCUCCCCACUGUUCACUGGCUGUAGUACAAAAGAAUUUCAUAUUCCACUAGAAUACCUCCGACAGCUACUCCAAAUGGUUAAACGGAUUGUGGCUGAGUCAGUUUUAAAAACACUGGAUGCAAUAUUGGCAGAGGUUACUGAGGCAAAUGCAAAUUUGGAUCUGUACUAUCGAAACUUCAGUGAUCCUCUUUAUGUGGUCGUGUUUAAAAUGUUGAGAGACACUUUGUAUCACAUGAAAGAUCUCCAGACUGCAUUUGUGAAGGAGGUUCAUGAUUUUGUCCUCGAGCAGUUUAACAGUAGCCAGUCUGAACUCCAGAAGAUCCUGCAUGAUACAGAGUAUAUUCAUCAUGAAUUUAACCCUCUGAAACUCAGAUGUCAAGCAAAUGCUGCAUGUGUGGAUUUAAUGGUGUGGGCUGUUAAGGAUGAGCAAGGUGCAGAAAACCUCUGCUCAAAGCUUUCAGAGAAACUGCAGUCAAAGACAUCCAGUAAAAUAAUUCUGUCACACAUGCCUCUCCUGAUUUGUUGUCUACAGGGUCUGGGACAUUUGUGUGAACGAUUCCCUGUCGCAGUUCAUUCCGUCACAGCAUCACUAAGAGAUUUUUUGGUGAUCCCUUCACCAGUACUCGUCAAGGUGUACAAAUACCACAGUCAGUACAAUUCAGGAGGUUCUGACAUUAAGAUAAGUGUAACAAAUGAGCACUCAGAGGCGACUGUGUUAUCUCCAAAGAAAAACCAGCCAUCUAUGUAUGAACAGCUGAGGGACAUUGCUAUCGAUAAUAUCUGUAGGUGCCUUAAGGCAGGAUCAGUUGCAGACCCAGUGAUUGUGGAAGCAUUCCUAGCUAGUCUAUCCAAUCGUCUGUAUAUAUCCCAAGAGAAUGAUAAAGAUGCCCAUUUGAUUCCUGACCACACGAUCCGUGCCCUCGGCCACAUCGCUGUGGCGUUGAGAGACACACCAAAGGUGAUGGAACCAAUUCUGCAAAUUCUGCAGCAGAAAUUCUGCCAGCCACCGUCUCAGCUGGAUGUUCUUAUUAUCGAUCAGUUGGGCUGCAUGGUUAUCACAGGGAACCAAUAUAUUUAUCAAGAAGUCUGGAACCUCUUUCAACAAAUCAGUGUCAAAGCCAGUUCAGUUGUUUAUUCAGCAACUAAAGACUACAAAGAUCACGGUUACAGGCACUGUUCCCUGGCAGUUAUCAAUGCCCUCGCCAACAUAGCAGCUAACCUGCAGGGGGAGCAACUGGUUGAUGAACUUCUUGUGAAUUUGCUGGAGCUUUUUGUACAGCUUGGUUUAGAAGGGAAACGAGCAAGUGAAAGAGCAAGUGAGAAAGGUCCUGCUUUAAAGGCUUCAAGUAGUGCGGGUAACUUGGGUGUUCUUAUACCGGUGAUAGCUGUGCUGACAAGACGGCUCCCUCCAAUCAAAGAUGCAAAACCCAGGCUUCAGAAGCUGUUCCGAGAUUUCUGGCUCUAUUCAGUUGUGAUGGGAUUUGCCGUGGAAGGCUCAGGCCUGUGGCCAGAGGAGUGGUAUGAGGGAGUGUGUGAAAUAGCCACCAAGUCCCCACUGCUCACCUUUCCUGGAGGAGAGCCAUUACGUUCAGAACUGCAGUAUAACUCUGCCCUGAAGAAUGACACCGUUUCUCCGGCUGAACUGAAUGAACUAAGAAGCACCAUCAUAAAUCUCCUGGAUCCACCCCCCGAAGUCUCUGCCCUCAUUAACAAGUUGGAUUUUGCCAUGUCAACCUAUCUGCUCUCUGUCUACCGAUUGGAGUAUAUGAGGGUAUCCCGCUCUACAGACCAGGACCGAUUUCAAGUCAUGUUUCGAUAUUUAGAGGACAAAGCUAUUCAGAAGGACAAGGCAGGAAUGAUGCAAUGUGUGGUUGCAGUAGCCGAUAAAGUGUUUGAUGUUUUUCUCUCCGUUAUGGCCGACAAGCCCAAAACAAAAGAAAAUGAGGAAGAACUGGAGAAACAUGCCCAAUUCCUGUUGGUGAAUUUCAACCAUAUUCACAAGAGGAUUCGAAGGGUUGCUGACAAGUUCUUGUCUGGCUUGGUAGAUAAAUUCCCACAUCUGUUAUGGAGUGGUACUGUGCUAAAAACAAUGCUGGAUAUUCUUCAGACACUUUCUCUUUCCCUCAGUGCGGACAUCCACAAGGAUCAGCCUUAUUAUGAUAUACUCGAUACCCCUUACAGAAUCACUGUUCCUGAUACCUAUGAAGCCAGAGAGAGCAUUGUCCGAGAUUUUGCUGCUCGUUGUGGUGGAAUCCUUCAGGAGGCAAUGAAAUGGGCUCCAACUGUUACCAAGUCCCAUCUCCAGGAAUAUCUGAAUAAGCAUCAGAAUUGGGUGUCAGGUCUGUCUCAGCACACUGGCCUUGCUAUGGCAACUGAAAGUAUCUUGAACUUUGCGAGUUACAACAGACAGAACACGACUCUAGGGCCACCAUCUUUCCUUGUUAUCCAGGCAACCCAACUAACUGAAAGACCUGCUUGUGUGAAGAAGGACUACUCUAGCUUUAUGUCCUCCCUCAAUCUACGCAAUCGCUCUGCAGGAGAGGUUGCAGGCAUGAUACAUUUCUCUGAAGCAACUGGUCGACAGCAGUCCGACCUGAACAAAGUUAUGAUUAAAAAACUUAAUGAUGCGCUGGAAUCAGCUGAGAGUGAGGCUUGCACACAAUCCAUGUUUAACCUUACUGCUUUGCUUAUCAGCAGCAAAGUUUGUGACCCUCAACUCCUCCAUCAUCUGUGCUGGGCUCCUCUGCGUAUGUUUACAGCAUUGGGCAUGGAAACUGCUGUGGCUUGUUGGGAAUGGCUGCUGGCUGCAAAGAAUGGCAUAGAGGUUCCAUUUAUGCGUGAAAUGGUUGGAGCCUGGCAGAUGACAGUGCAACAGAAGAUUGGUCUUUUCUCAGAAGACAAGAAAGAAGCAGAUCCUUUGGCAGCUUCAGAGCAGAGCCAGCCCAAACCCUGUCCCCCAGAAGUUACACCCCACCACAUCUGGAUAGAGUUCCUGCUGCAAAGGUUUGAGAUUGCAAAGUACUGCAGUGCAGACCAAGUGGAGAUCUUCGGUAGCCUGCUGCAGCGUUCUCUCUCCUUAAAUGUUGGAGGAUCCAAAGGAAGUUUGAACAGACACGUUGCAGCCAUUGGGCCAAGAUUCAAGUUACUGACUCUCGGUCUUGCAUUGUUGCAUGCUGAUGUUAUUUCCAAUGCAACAAUUCGGAAUGUGCUGAGGGAGAAAGUCUAUUCCACUGCCUUUGACUAUUUCAGUGUUGCACCAAAGUAUCCCACGCAAGAGGAGAAGAGACUGCGUGAAGAUAUCAGCAUUAUGAUCAAGUUUUGGACAGCCAUGUUCUCUGAUAAGAAGUACCUUAAUGCAAACCAACUUGUCCCUCCUGACAACCAGGAUCCCUCUGUGAAUAACCUGUCUGUUAUAACUGUGGCUGAUUCCCGGAGCAAUCUUGAUGUUGCUGUUGGAACAAGACAGCAAGCGACACAAGGCUGGAUCAAUACCUACCCACUGUCCAGUGGAAUGUCAACUAUCUCCAAAAAAUCAGGCAUGUCAAAAAAGACUAAUCGAGGUACUCAGUUGCACAAGUACUACAUGAAACGGCGCACACUGCUGUUGUCUUUAUUGGCAAGUGAAAUUGAACGACUCACCACAUGGUAUAACCCCCUGUCAUCCCCUGAGUUGGCAUUGGACCAGGCUGGAGAACUCAGCGUAGCAAACUGGCGGUCAAAGUACAUCAGUCUGAAUGAAAAGCAAUGGAAAGAUAAUGUAAAUCUGGCCUGGAGCAUCUCACCUUACUUGGCAAUAGAGCUGCCUUCCAGAUUUAAAAACACUGAAGCCAUUGGAGCAGAAGUAACACGUUUGGUGAGGCUGGAUCCUGGAGCUGUUAGUGAUGUCCCAGAAGCCAUACGGCAUCUGGUCACUUUGCAUACUAUUGAUGCGGAUGCCCCAGAGCUGAGCCAUAUUUUGUGUUGGGCGCCUACAGAUCCACCCACUGCCCUCUCUUACUUUUCGAGUUUAUAUCCACCACAUCCGCUGACUGCACAGUAUGCUGUAAAAGUGCUGCGUUCAUUUCCUCCGGAUGCAAUUCUGUUCUACAUUCCGCAAAUUGUUCAAGCUCUCCGAUACGACAAGAUGGGAUAUGUGAGAGAGUACAUCUUAUGCGCAGCAGCCAAGUCUCAGCUUUUAGGUCAUCAGUUUAUUUGGAACAUGAAAACCAACAUAUACACAGAUGAAGAAGGCAAUCAUAAGGACCCUGAUAUCGGUGAGCUACUGGAGCAACUGAUUGAAGAAAUCACUGGUUCAUUAUCAGGCCCAGCUAAGGACUUCUACCAACGAGAGUAUGAUUUCUUCAACAAGAUCACUAAUGUUUCUGCUAUCAUCAAGCCAUAUCCGAAAGGUGAAGAGAGGAAGAAAGCAUGUCUGAAGGCCUUAUCUGAGGUUAAAGUCCAGCCUGGUUGUUACCUUCCAAGUAAUCCAGAAGCUAUUGUUUUGGACAUCGACUACAAGUCAGGAACUCCCAUGCAGAGUGCUGCAAAAGCUCCCUACCUGGCCAAGUUUAAAGUAAAACGGUGUGGAGUAUCUGAAUUGGAAAGGGAAGGUCUUCGCUCCUGUUCUGACUACACUGACAGUACAGAGAAUGAUGAUUCUGAAAGGAUAUGUUGGCAGGCUGCCAUUUUUAAAGUUGGUGAUGACUGCAGACAGGAUAUGUUAGCGUUACAGAUUAUUGGUCUUUUCAAGAACAUUAUUCAGCUUGUUGGUUUGGAUCUCUUUGUCUUUCCAUACAGAGUCGUGGCUACAGCACCAGGGUGUGGAGUGAUUGAAUGCAUCCCUGACUGCAAAUCACGAGAUCAGCUGGGCCGGCAGACCGAUUUUGGAAUGUACGAUUACUUCAGAAACCAGUAUGGAGAUGAAUCAACUUUAGCGUUCACAAAGGCACGGUAUAAUUUUAUCCGCAGCAUGGCUGCCUACAGCCUCCUCCUCUUCUUGCUCCAAAUCAAAGACCGACACAAUGGGAACAUCAUGUUGGAUAAGAAAGGUCAUCUCAUCCACAUAGAUUUUGGCUUCAUGUUUGAAAGCUCACCUGGAGGUAAUCUCGGCUGGGAGCCUGAUAUUAAACUCACGGACGAGAUGGUGAUGAUCAUGGGAGGGAAGAUGGAGGCCACACCCUUCAAAUGGUUCAUGGAGAUGUGUGUUAAGGGAUACUUAGCAGUCAGGCCUUACAUGGAUGCUGUGGUGUCACUCGUAACACUCAUGUUGGAUACUGGACUUCCAUGUUUCCGGGGACAGACCAUCAAGCUCCUGAAACAAAGAUUCAACCCGAAUGUAAGUGAGAGAGAGGCAGCAAACUACAUCAUCAAAGUCAUUCAGAACUGCUUCCUGAGCAACAGGAGUAAAACCUACGACAUGAUUCAGUACUACCAGAACCAGAUCCCAUACUGAUGACGAACUUGAGAUAGGAAAGAUGCUCAUGCUGUUGUCACUACUGUAUAAUUCUUGCACUUUUUAGCCUCAGUUUGUGUUACCCGUCUUUACCGGUGGUAUCUUAAACUGUAUUCUUGGGACCUCACAACAAUCACUUGUUAUAAAAUGGAUAUUCAAUCACUCUUUGCGAUUAUAGAACAUAGAAUAUGUGUCAAAUCAUAGUUGAAGCAUUAAUUGCACUAUAUGUGUUGUCUGUGAUGUUGAGAUGAUGAAAUUGAAAUAUUAAAAUUGUAUGUGGAGAUAUUAUUUUUCUUUAGAGUAUGUAAAUGUGUGAUACAGAUGUUAAAUCUAUAAUGUGAAUAAAGUAGUUGGAUUA